AUAGGUGUCGUUACACAGUUGAAUCUAACAUUGAUUUUUUUUUAACUUUGUAAAAUUCUUAAAUCUUUUUAUAUGUUUUCGUGAUGAUUUAUUUUGAUUUUAGGUCUUUUUUUCAGUUUAAAAUUAUAGGUAAAAAUUAGAUGUUUCGACCUUUUGCAGUCAAAAUAUAAAGAUUAAUGGGUACAGUGAAUUUGACUUUUCCAAUAUAUGCUUUAUAUUUUUUCUUUGUGAGUUUAAAGUUUAAUAUCAUAGAGUCAAAAGAAUAUUCGGAAAACAAGUGAUUAUGAUGUGACAACAACACGCAAUUGCGUCAAUUUUUCCAUUUGACAACUCGAGAAUUUAGUUAGUAGAAAUUGUAUAUAGAGAGGAGGUUCGAUUUACGAUUUAUUCAGUGUAAUUUGUAUUUUCUUAACGAUAAAGAGUGCUGUGAUUUUAUAUUUUAAAUAAACAACUUUUAAUUUUUAUAUUGAUUUAUUUGGCAUUAUUAUUUUUUAAAUAUGCCGGAAAAUACUUCACAAAAUGGACACAAAUAUACUAGAGUUUGGUGUGAUGGGUGUUAUGAUAUGGUACAUUUUGGUCAUGCAAAUUCCCUUCGACAAGCUAAAGCAUUGGGAGAUUAUCUGAUUGUUGGGAUUCACACAGAUGAAGAAAUUAUGAAACACAAAGGACCUCCGGUUUUUACUGCGGAGGAGCGAUACAAAAUGGUUAGAGGAAUAAAAUGGGUCGAUGAAGUAGUAGAAGGAGCUCCUUACGUAACUACAUUGGAGACCUUAGAUAAACAUAACUGCGAUUUUUGUGUACAUGGAGACGACAUUACGUUAACAGCUGAUGGAGUAGAUACUUAUCAUUUAGUAAAAAGUGCUGGAAGAUAUAGGGAGGUUCAGAGGACAGCUGGCGUUUCUACCACAGAUUUAGUUGGUAGGAUGCUUCUUUUAACUAGGAAUCAUUUUAAACAAGGUCAGUAUGAGUACGAUGUUGCUAGGGAGCAUUCAUCGUCAAUGGGCCAAGACUCACUUGCUAGAUCUCCUUGGACAGGUUGUUCGCAGUUUUUACCCACCACACAAAAAAUUAUUCAAUUUUCUGAUGGGAAAUCACCAAAACAAGGCGAUAGGAUAGUUUAUGUCGCAGGAGCUUUUGAUCUAUUCCACGUUGGCCAUUUGGACUUUUUGGAAAAGGCAAAAGAAAAGGGUGAUUAUAUUAUAGUUGGUCUUCAUACAGAUCCAGUCGUUAAUAGAUACAAGGGCACAAAUUACCCAAUAAUGAAUCUUCAUGAAAGGGUUUUGAGCGUAUUGGCGUGCAAAUAUGUUUCAGAAGUGGUAAUAGGUGCCCCUUAUCUAGUAACGGAAGAUUUGAUGGAGCACUUUAAAGUUGAUGUAGUCGUUCAUGGAGAUACGCCAGUUAUGCCCGACGUGGACGGCAGCGAUCCCUACGAAUAUCCAAAAAAAGUUGGAAAGUUUGUGACUGUAAAAUCUGGCAAUGACAUGACAACGGAAAAAAUAGUUGAACGAAUAAUAAGGAAUAGGUUACAGUUUGAAAAUAGGAAUAUCAAAAAAGAAAUGAAAGAGUUGGAUGUGCUUAAGAAACUGGAAUCACUUGAUUUCAAACAAAACGGACAUGUGACAAGUUUGUAAAAUUACUCACCCUAAAAUAAUGGUAUGAUGAUUGUAUUUAUUACUGUAUACCUUAGUUUAUUUCAAAAAAUUGUUUUUUAUGCAGAUUACAUACACGUACACUGUAGGGUCUUUUAACUAUACUCUAGGACUGUCAUUUCAGCAAUGUAAUCGUGUCACUAAUGGUGUCUAAAUAAAGUUAUGGACCAAAUGAUGAAAUAUGGCAAAAAAUAAUUUUGACUCCAAUGUAACUUUUUGUAGUUUUUUUAAAUACUUUUCAAUUAACAGUCAAAAAAUUGAAUUUUAACUGCUUAUUUUAGGUUGAUUCAUAUUAAUUGUGUCAAAAAAUAUAUACAUGAAAGUAUUUUUUUGAGUUUCCAAUCAAAAUGAAAGUUAAUAACUUAAAUAGCUUGAGUAGAGCAAAAUUAUGAAAAACUGAAUAAAAUUUGUCUGAAAAAUGGAAAAUUAACGCUUUUUUAUAUAUUCUUGUGAUAAAAAUUGUUUAAAAACAAUUAGGGCACCCAGUGACCUCUGGAACAUAACCUAGAAAUGCAAAAUUUUGAAUAUUGAUAGAGUUGUUUAAUUGUUAAAAAAUAUUUUUUCAAUAACAUCAAAUAAUUUAAAAAAUAUUGGUUCACUGUGAACUAUAUUCUAAUCCCUAUUUGCUUUGUUAAUACCGAGCGUUUCAACAUUUCUUAAAAUUAUUAUUUUCACAGCAAUCAAGAUAACAAGUUUUUGGAUCGCUCUGUAUAUAAAUGUGUUCCUAUUUAUUUUUUAAAAGGAUUCUACACAGUGAUAUAUGUAUAUACCGACCGAACUUUGCAAAGUUUUUUUUAUUUUUUAUAUUGUCUUUUAGGGCAAAAUGUUUAUGUAACUAAUUAUUUUACAAUUUAUUUUGUUCUAUUAUAAUUUAUUGAAUGUACUUUGAAUAUUAGAAGUUAUUAAUAUAAUUAUGUUGUUACAGUA